CCGGAAAAAUCCAAAUCCGAAGCGCCUAAAUAUUACAGCCCUUCCCCUGUUAACGUCUUCUUCUUCCUCUUCUCAUUUCUCCAAUUUUUCUCUUCCCAUUUUGCCCUUCUGCAAGAUCUCAACAUCCUCACCGUCCUUUUCUCUUUUCCCGGGAAAUUCAUCAAAAUUCGAGGACAUUUUCAAAAUUUGAAGUCGAACCUCUAUUUUCUUCUAUAUACCAAUCUGAAUUUUCCGAUAAAAUUUGUUUAAGUUCACUGAAAUGCGGUGAAAUCAUGAGAUCGUCUGUCUUGCCGGAGAAUUCAAGCAGUGCGCCGUCAACUUCGCGGAAUUCACCUCCUUCUGCGACGGCGCCUCGAAACUCCAAUUGUAAACACAGUAAUGUCUUUCAGCUGUUAACAAGAAGGGAGGUAUCUCCUCGAACUAAACGCGCUUCCAGAAAAUUUUGGGGUGAGAACACUAAAUGUACUACUGACUCCUGUGGAUUAAAACGCGAAGUGGCAAGUGAUGCUAGACGGGGACUAAUAUCAUGGGUAGAGGCAGAGUCACUGCAACAUUUAUCGGCGAAGUAUUGUCCACUGUUGCCUCCUCCAAGGUCUACCAUUGCAGCAGCAUUCAGUCCUGAUGAGAGGACACUUGCUUCUACGCAUGGAGAUCACACAGUGAAAAUAAUUGACUGCCAAACUGGGAAGUGCUUAAAGGUUUUGAGUGGACACCGCAGGACACCUUGGGUGGUUCGUUUCCAUCCAUUGUACCCUGAAAUACUGGCAAGUGGAAGUUUGGACCACGAAGUUCGGUUGUGGGAUGCAAAAACUGCCGAGUGUAUAGGAUCGCGAGAUUUUUAUCGUCCCAUCGCAUCCAUAGCGUUCCAUGCCCAAGGGGAAGUUCUAGCCGUUGCUUCAGGCCACAAGCUUUAUAUAUGGCAUUACAACAGAAGAGGAGAGGCUUCUUCACCAGCAAUUGUACUGAAGACACGGCGUUCUCUUCGUGCUGUCCAUUUCCACCCACAUGCUGCCCCAUUUCUUUUGACAGCUGAGGUCAACGAUCUGGAUUCAUCAGAUUCUUCAAUGACACAUGCUACUUCUCCGGGUAACUUGCAGUACCCUCCCCCUACUGUGUAUUUGACUGAUGCUCAUUCCACUUAUCAAUCUGCUUCAGCAAAUGAACUGCCUAUCAUGUCUCUACCUUUCCUGAUCUGGCCGUCAAUUGCAAGAGGUGAUCCCAGAAUGCCUGUGCAGCAAACUGAUAUAGAUAUGGGAACCGACAAUGUACAGCACAGAACAGAUACUUCAUCAUCUGUCCGCCUUCUCACAUAUUCAACUCCGUCCGGCCAGUAUGAACUUUUAUUGUCCCCUGUUGAGCAAAGUGCAUCUCCUGCACAAGAAGCUCAUACUGGUUCUUCUGUUGGGGAAAACGAGAACAUAGGUACUCAACCUUUAGUUGAUCCUAUGGAGACUGAUGUGCAGCCAGAAGAAAGAAACAAUCAGUUUUUCCCUUUUAGUGACCCAGCAUACUGGGAAUUGCCUUUUUUGCAAGGAUGGUUGAUUGGCCAAAGCCAAGCUGCCCAGCAAGCAACUCAUCCAGACCUUAGUGGUACUACCACUAAUCCAUCAACUUAUGGUGAACUGGAAAAUCCUUCUGCUGUUCCCUUGGUAAUUUCAAGCAAUAAUCAUCCAAGGUCCGGAAGAUCUGGUUCUCGGCAGCGUUCUUCACGCUCUAGAGCGAUUCCUGUUGCUGGAGCUGGUGCUGGUGCUGCUUCGCUUAACGUUAUGCAUGAUGAGAGUGAUUCUCAAACUUCUAUUGGUCGCAUCCAGUCGGAGAUAGCUACUUCGCUGGCUGCAGCAGCGGCUGCUGAAUUGCCUUGCACUGUGAAACUCAGAAUAUGGCCUCAUGAUGUUAAGGUUCCAUGUGCACCCCUUCAUGCUGAAAGAUGUCGCUUAACAAUACCACAUGCUGUACUUUGCAGUGAAAUGGGAGCCCAUUUUUCACCAUGUGGGAGAUUUUUAGCAGCUUGUGUUGCAUGUAUUCUGCCAAACGUGGAUGCUGAUCCUGGUUUUCAUGGCCAUCUUCAUCAUGAUACUAUGGCAGCUGGAACUUCUCCAACCAGACAUCCAGUUGCUGCCCACCAGGUUAUGUAUGAGCUACGGAUAUAUUCCCUGGAGGAGGCAACGUUUGGUUCAGUGCUUGCAUCUCGAGCAAUUAGAGCUGCUCAUUGUUUAACUUCAAUUCAGUUUUCUCCAGCUUCAGAGCAUCUGUUACUUGCUUAUGGGCGUCGCCAUAGUUCACUACUUAAAAGUGUUGUUAUUGAUGGAGACACAACUAUACCCAUUUACACGAUUCUUGAGGUCUAUAGAGUUUCUGAUAUGGAACUUGUGAGAGUUCUCCCCAGUGCGGAGGAUGAGGUUAAUGUCGCUUGCUUCCAUCCUUCGAUUGGUGGUGGCCUUGUCUAUGGAACCAAGGAAGGGAAGUUGAGGAUUCUCCAAUAUGACAAUUCAAAUGGUUUGGGUCGCACAAUAUCCUGUUCUCCUGUUGAAAACAUUGUCGAGGUCCCAACAUAUGCUUUAGAAGGCUAGUAACUUUGAUGAUAGGAAAAGGUGAUAGGGUCUCAUAACAAGAUACUAGUCCGGGCCACGGCUAGCGGCUGCAAAGUUGAGUGCUUUUUCUGGUGAUGAUGAAACCUUCACGUUUUAAUGCAGUACACAGAAUAUGAAAGAGGUUUAUACUUGAGCUUGUCUGACCUACCCACUACAGAUUAAACUUGUGGCACCGUCGGGGACCGGAAGCCGGAAGGCUCAUAGAACGUCUCCGCUUGAACUACUAUCCGUGUGGCUGCUGGACCCUGGGGUUCUCUGCCUAAGUACUAACCUGACGAAGGACGUGCUGGUGGGGAAUCGAGGGAACGUUUCUGCAAUUUCCCUGAAGAUGACUUCAGAUGUACUAUAGGAGUUGGAUUUUAGAUGAAUUGAAUUUCUUACAAAUUAGCAGAAAAAAAGGUAAAGAAAAAAAGGCCGUGACGUACAUCUUUGAGUGUUUUUAAGGGUCCUCUAUUUUACUCUUGAAGUACAGGGGUAAAUUGUACAAGUUUUUACCGUUAUACAUUGUGUGGGUGUUUAAAUGAACGCUUUCUAAUAUGGUUAAUUUUAGUUGCCUUUAAACAGA